GAGAAUACGUUCCGCAACGGAAUAAGGUUAGGUUCUUCUGAUUCCAGACAGUUUGUAGAAAUUUUAAAUAUUUGGAAACUUAAGGAAGAAAGAAUAUUUGGACCUGUUUCGAUCCCGUUGGACCGGGAAGGAACCGAAGGGGGUUAUGGCCAAGUAUUUGGCCCAAAUCAUUGUCUUGGGCUCUCAAGUUAUUGGUCGUGCUUUUGCACGCGCUCUUCGCCAGGAGCUCGCAGCGAGUAGAGAAGCAGCACGGAAAGCCGGUGAUGGGGCCAAAGGUUCACAACAUGCAGCAGCUAAUUUACGAACAGGAAUGGCUCUGGAUGAAGCUCUGCGUAUUUUAAAUGCAGAACGGCCUGAUCAAACGGAUGUCAUUCAGAAGAACUACAAGUAUCUCAUGGAGGCAAACGAUAAAUCAAAAAGUGGUUCGUUUUACCUACAGUCCAAGGUUGUGAGGGCUAAAGAACGUAUUGACGAAGAGUUGCAAAUCCUGAACUCCUUUCAAAAAGAUGGCAAAACACAUACCAAAUCUCAAGACUCUACGAAAGAUACUUAGCACAUUAUUUGUUUUCCUAGUCCAAAUUUACAAUUUUUCUUCAAAGCCUGUAUAUAUUGCAAACUGUAACUACUGAUAGAUAGUGACCAACCUAGGAUAUAUCGAAGAAUGUAAAAGGUUUUAUUCUAUUUUGCAUUUGACGGAUGGCGAAACGUUGAUGACUGUGCGACACUGACCACAAUUUUGGUAAGUAUUGUGGUUUCAUGCUU